AAAGAAGAAGGAUGGGGAAUAAACCAAGAUGAGGUGAUGUCCCAGAAAGAGACAAGCAAAGAGGAACAAAGAGGAGGUGCAAGAUGGCUGGAGGUGAAGUUAACCAAAAUGUACAUAAUAAUCUCUGAAAAGAGUACCAUUGGGCAACGUCUUCACCUCCAGCAGCUGUGGUUACUCACCGGCGCAGCUGCCAGGGCAGUCAGGCAAAGGGCCAGCUGUGCGGCAGAUACUGUGGCAAUCCGUUACAAGUGAAAGGAGCAAGACAGAACUCCAGCUUACAAAGGACAAUGACAACCAGAAAGCGACAGCCCCAUCCUGCCCUGGCCUCGAAAGGAACUGGAUCCUAGGUGGUGACAGCAUUUCCAAUCUAUUGUCCUCUGUCUCCCUCUGCUGUUCUUCUGGAGAAGUUUCCCCUUACAACAAUGAGAAGUCAUGUACUAGCUGCAUCCAUUUCUAUGCUCUCCCUGCUGGCCAUAAUGGGAGAUACAGAUACCAAAACAGACAGCUCCUUCCUGAUGGACUCUCAACGCUGCAUGAGACACCAUUAUGUCGAUUCUAUCAGUCACCCAUUGUACAAGUGUAGCUCAAAGAUGGUGCUCCUGGCCAGAUGUGAGGGGCACUGCAGCCAGGCAUCACGCUCUGAGCCAUUGGUGUCCUUCAGCACUGUCCUCAAGCAACCUUUCCGUUCGUCCUGUCACUGCUGUCGACCUCAGACCUCCAAACUGAAGGCUUUGCGUCUGCGCUGCUCAGGGGGCAUGCGACUCACCGCCACUUACCGGUACAUCCUCUCCUGUCACUGCGAGGAAUGCAGCUCCUGAGGCUUGCUGCUGAGUGGCUUUCUGGCUGGGACAACCACAGGAGCAGUUCAACCAGCCAGAGAAGGACUGGCAAGAAAAGAGUUAAGGCAGAGAAAGAUGGAGCGAGUCCCACAGGAUUGUGCAUAUUCUAGUCCUAAAGACUCAAAGUGCUUUCAACAGAAAGUGACUCUGGGAACUCGUUUUCCAUUCCCAUCUCCUUUCCCUGAAAGAAUUUCUUUUGGUUACUUUUCAAAUUCAGGCAUUUCCCCUGUUGGCUCCGAAUGUGGUUUGGGUUUCUGACUCUUUAUUAGUGGGAAAAUGUGGGGCCCUGUGCAAGAGUGGGUCAGGCUGUCCCUAUUUGGUGCAUAUUAGGGAAAAAUUUGCCCAACUUUUCUUAGGAGAUCCUCAGUUGUUGUUUCACCUUGUUGUUUUGGUCUAAGAUUUGCCUCGAAAGGUUACCGGUUUCAAGUUCUGGUUACUGGUUUCAAGUUCCGGACACAUGGAUAUGUUUAGUGAGGUUUACUCACAGCUAGCUGAUACUAAAAUAACUAACACACGGGUUCUUUGAUGUGACUGUGGAACUCCUGACAGCUAUAGUCAUUCAUUAAAUGACCUUGAAGUUAUAAAUAUUGCAUAAGGAAUUUAUAAACUGAAGGCUUUUGCAGGUAAUGAAGCAAAACUUUUAUGAGGAAGUAGUAGGCUUUCAAAGACACACACACACACACACACACACACACACACACACACACACAGAUGGAUACUCUGCUGACUCUGGAGAAGGCAUAAAUUACUAGUGGCAUGGACACUGUGCCAUACUUAUAACAGAAUUAGUCAAGCAAGUAGGAAUCUAUUUGUGGGUGCACAAUAGCUUCAGCCACGUCUCGAGCAUCAUUCUCUAAUGUCCACCUGUCUAUGUGAGACUUGUUGCCAUAGUGGUGGCCCGGCUUAUCCUCUGAAAAUUUUGUUCCAAUAUAUUUUUGGUCAUUGAGGCUCAAAUUUUGAAUUCUCCCCAUCUGAAAUAAAAAUAGAGUACCUCCAAAA